AUGAUCCUCUCAGUGGAAGAAGCGGCUCAGCACGCAGCCACCUCCUCGGAAGAGGAAAUAGACAUCGUCGGGGGAGAUGGAGAAGAGUAUUUCCUACCUUGCCGGGACACUGAUGACUCACCGGCGGAGGUGGACACUUCAGAAGCUGACUCCUCCGGGGAAAGCGAGGUCACGACCCCGAGCCGUCCAACGAGCGGCUCUGUGAAACCUCCAUACUCCUACAUCGCUCUCAUCACCAUGGCCAUCCUGCAGAGCCCCAUGAAGAAACUCACGCUCAGUGGCAUCUGCGACUUCAUCAGCAACAAGUUCCCCUACUACAAGGCAAAGUUUCCGGCGUGGCAGAACUCCAUCCGGCACAACCUGUCGCUCAACGACUGCUUCGUCAAGAUCCCCAGGGAGCCGGGGAACCCGGGCAAGGGCAACUACUGGUCUCUGGACCCUGCUUCAGAGGACAUGUUCGACAACGGCAGCUUCCUGAGGAGGAGAAAGAGGUUUAAGAGGAGUCGCCCAGAAUACUGUAAAGACGGACUUGUGCUUUAUCCCGGGGCCAGUGCUCGAUCAUACGGAAGGCCUUACUGUGUGACAGGACGUCCUCUAACGCAACCUCUCGGAUACACCACGUGUCCGUAUUUCCCCUAUCAGAGUGUGGCCGAUGUUAAGGGCCUCCAAGCCGGGGAGCCGGGGCCUCAGGGGCGCCUCACCUUCCCCGAGCAAGGGCCCGAGCGCCAGACGCAGAAGUGCUCUUUUACAAUCGACAGCAUCAUGGCAAAAUCAGACAGUCCAACAGUCAGAACCCCUGUCCUCCAGAUGCCAGUCGAUUACGGACAUGUCUUCUCGCGGUCUGCUUCCUGUAUGGUUCCCGGAUUUCUACCAGUGACACGGACUCCCUUUGCUUUGGCCACAGUGCCUUUUACAGAAAAUGUACCCAUGCUCUAUCCUAACUGCUGA